UGUCUGCCUGUCAAAAAAAAAAAAAAAAAUUAAAAAACACUUUACCAAGAUGAAUUUAAUUAAUUUUAUUAUAAAAAAAUUAUUUUUCAAUGUCUAUUAGUGUUAUAAAAAAUUAAUUAAUAAUUAUGGGUUCAUUGGUGAUGAUUGUUGUGAAGAAAAAAAAUUUUAAAAACAAUAUAUUUGUAAAUUGAAUGAAAAAUAACUGCAAAUUAAUAAAUACAAAAAUAUCAUAAACCAUUUGCUCAAAAUAUGAAGAAGCUGUUUAUGAGAUAAAAUUACGACAAUCAAAAGUAAUAAAAAAGAUGUCAAGAUCAAUGUCAAAUUUACCAUGAUAUUUGUGUCAAAUAAACAAGACAUCACGAGACAAUAACACAACUCAUAUGGAUUAUAAUUCUAUGAAUAAAUAUUUGUCACUUGAUGAUGUCAACAAUCAAGACAAUGAUCCUCAUUAAUUAUCAAAGAUUAUGUCAACUCAGUGUUGAAGACAAACUGUUAACUGAUGGCUCUCACCAGAAAGACUAGAGACUAGUCUUCUUGGCUCUCGCAAACGAGAUUAGAGUGUGUUAUGUUGGAAAAAAAAAAAAAAAAACAAUGAAAAACAACUGUACAUUCAGAUAUUGAAUUAAAUUUUUUUUUGUUUUAUAAAUAGUGUUGAUAUUGAAAAUGCUGUUGAACACAACAUCUUGCCAAUUCCAACUGUAAAUUUUUGAAUGAUUAUUCUGAAGCUUAUUUUUAUUUUUAACAUUUGCUGUAUGGAUGAUUCAAGUUGGAGCUGAUGAUAUUGAUCCUAGUUCAACUGAUCAAAAUGACAUUCUCGAACCAAAUAAAACAGUUAUUGUUGAAAAAAAUUUAAAUGAAGUAUUUGAUCGUAUGUUGCCAAAAAUACGUGAGGAUAUUAUUAAAAAUGGAUUGGAUCCACUGUCAUUGCCAGAUGAAUAUUUAAGAACUACAAAAAUUCCAGGCUUACGUGGAAAAAUUCAUUUACAAAAAGGAUGGGCACAAGAAGCAUCAACAAUUAAACGUACCGGUGAUGUAAUUGUCCAGUAUGGUGGAAAAAAAUUGAACUUUGAUUUUGCACUUGGAUUUGAUACGUUAGAUAUAACUUAUGCAUACACAUUGAAAUAUCUUUUGUACAAACGCAAGGGUGAUUUCCAUGGACAAUUUCACAAUGUCAAGCUAAAAGUAUAUGGUUUUAUUGAUUUUACAACAUAUCAAGUAACACUUAAAUACUUUGAUCUUGUCCACGUUGGAAAAUUCUCUCUCAAACUUGAGGGUCAUUUAGCUGAUCAUCUCCUCAACGUUCUCACAAAAUUAUUUACAACAUUUUCACGUGACAGUGUUUUGAAAAAUAUCGAAGAAAGAUUCGAAGAAACUCUUCAAGCAAAAAUCAAAGAAUUCAAUGAUUCAGUUCUUGAGCCAAUUUUACCAAGUUUUUUAAACGCCACUAAGUUCUAUAAUUAACAACAAUCAAAAUAAAUAAGAUGAAAUUUUUAUAUUUAUUUUAAUAAAUAAAGAAAAAGUUGAUUUAAA